UAUUUUACGACCAGAUAUAUUGUUAGUCGUCGUUCUCGCGCGAGAUUAUCGAACUGUCGUAGUUUAAAAUAGCGAUCGUUUAAUUUCGGAAAGUUAUCUUAACGGAAAUCGAGAAAUAUGGCCGACACGGAUACCCAGAAUUCGGCAGCGCCCGUCGCAGGUUCCGCCGGUGGCGGAGGUGCCACUACUUCCUCUUCGUCGUCUCCUCAAACCCAAUCUCCGACUAAGAAAGAGAAGAAAGCGAAAAAUCCAAGGACCAAGCCAUCUCACCCGCCGACCUCCGAAAUGGUAAAUAACGCCAUAAAAGGACUGAAAGAACGCGGAGGUUCUUCUUUACAAGCCAUUAAAAAAUACAUCGCAGCCAACUACAAAGUGGACGCGGAAAAAGUGGCGCCUUUCAUCAAGAAAUAUCUAAAAGGGUCCGUGGCGUCGGGAAUGCUCGUUCAAACGAAGGGUAAGGGGGCUUCGGGCUCGUUUAAAUUAGCUUCUGCCUCUUCCGGAUCGGCAAAAUCUCCUUCAACCGCCGAUAAGAAGAAGACAAGCGGCGCCGCCGCCGCCGCCACAACUAAAACUAAAAAAUCGGUAAACAAGAGGACAACCGCCGCAUCCGCGGAUAAGACUCCGGUUUCUGUUAAGACAACGAAAAAAGUUUCUCCUAAGACGAAGAAAUCUGCAGCGGAAAAGAAAAGUGGCGUAGUCGUCGCGUCCACUAAAUCCAAAAAAUCCGCCGCCGAAAAGAAACCCGCGGUAUCUAGAACGGCAACGUCCGUUUCCGCGGCAAAACCGAAAUCUCCAUCAAAAGCGAAGAAGUCCAACAAAGCGGGUCCGACGAAGAAACCCAAAGCGCCAAAACCCAAAACGGCAAAAUCUCCAGUUUCCAUUUCCACUUCGGCAUCGUCUUCCCCAAAAUCAAGAAAAGCCGCUUCGCCAAAAAAGAAGAAGUGAACCCUAAGGAUGACGACGGCUAUAACGUAAACGGCGUCGUUCGCCUAAUUACGAAAGCCGCCGAAACGACGUCUUCUUUCUCUUUUUCGUAUC